AUGUCACAGCGAGAUAUCCACGACGACAGCGGCAGGGCGAUUGACAGGGAAUUAGAGGAGGAGGAGGAGGAAUACGAAGACGAGGACUUUUUGCCUUCGAUUCCCGAGGCGUUGCUGCACCCACCGCACAAUGACGUCAUAACGCCGACAAAAACAGAUGAGAGUUUGGAAGUGGAAAGGAAGAAGCGAUCUCGUUCCCCGAGAGAACACAGGGACGGUGGGGCAAGUUACGGUGCGUCAGACGGUGUUUACUCCGAUAACGGCGGUGACGAGAGGAGUGAAGAAGGUUUUAUGGAGUUGCUGAAUUUGGAGGGAUUUCCAAGCACUUCCCUAUACGAACGAAGCUACUGCCAUGGUCAUCUUCUGCACGACAUUGGUGUUGUACAAGAUGACAUUGGCUGUCUCAUUGCUACUGUAGACGCGGCUGGGACGCUGCGUGCUUGGCGAAAGCUUCCUCGUGGUGUAUUCUUUUUAGGGGACUUCCAGGGUCUUUUUUCACGGAAUUUGGCGGAGGGGGAUGCCAAUGACAUGGCGAGACACUUUAUCCUAAUCGACUCACUUACUUCCAGUCUUCUUGUGGUGCGCAUCAUGCCAUGUGUGGAGACGAAAGCUGGUAUCGUGACGGUUUCUGUUGAAGUCCGUCGGGUGAACUCCACUCUAAUGACUGUGGAAACACGUCUCUCUUUUAUUUUUAGCGUUACAUUGAGCAUAACGGCAGAGUCAUCAUCUUGGAAGGAUAGUGUUACUCCACGACCUUUUUUGUUACACCACGACCAACAACCGUUCAUUGUUUUUUUUACCGUGGAGAAGGAUGGUACAAGCAAAUCUGUGUUUUUGCCUUGUGUCGCGGAAAAGGCGCUAAUUUCUGGCGGCAUGGCGACUUUAUUGACUUCUGCACCAAUAAGCACAGCGAAUCGUGUGGUCUGCUGCCAGCAACAUCGAUCAAGCGGUCUGGUUGUAUUGGUUGAUGAGAAGGGCAUCAUUGACUACGCACGCAUUAUGGUUUCUCCUAGCGAUGACGGUCAGACUGUUGCUUUUCUUCAGGUUAUCUCAGGUGUUCCAACUCGUAACGCAGCUGACCCCAUGAUGCUGCGGAAGUGGAUCACCUUUGAGCGUCGGCAGAAGACUGGCUUUUUUACUUUGUUGAGAGAAGCAAUGAAUAUUUCCAAGACGGGGAGGUUAAUGACGCCGCUUCAUGUUGGGUUUUGUGCAACUGGAAAGUAUUUUGUAGUGUCAAGUGGCAUCCUGCGUGCGGGCCAUGUGUGCGUCUCUGUUCAUGUCUUUGAAUUUGCUAGCGGUAAAUUUCUUGCGCGCGGUGAAACAGAAGAAAAGGUGGCACCGGCUCUUGAUGGGGAAAAGGCUCUGCAGGCGGCAAUUCGACUAAUGCGUGGGGCCUUGUAUGGCGUCAUCAUGGAGGACGCUGUGCGCAAAUCCCCACGAGGUGAGGCAGGGGGCGUCUGGGUGUUUGUCCCAGAAAUUCUUUUAGGAGGGAAAUUGUUUAGAGGGCGCGUGUGUGGUCGACGCAUCUUUGUCUUCCGUGCCGCGCCUUCGCCCGCAAGAAGGAUGAUGACGGCAGACGGAGGUGAGGCUUCCAACCGUGUCACAGAGACUCCGUUCCACAUGGAACAAAUGUGGCGUCCCAUUGGAGACCUGGAAGAAACUGUUCGUGAAAUGGCACUUCCGACCUCAUCUUUCUUAUCGCCAGGUGCGGGGCUUGACCAACAUCUUGCUGCGCCCUUGGCAAUGAUACGGAUCACUGUUCCUGCUAGUCAAGCGCUCAAGAAUCUUGUGGCUCAGUCCCCUGUUGGUUCCACCCUCUUGCAGGAGGAUAUGAAAAGGCUUUUUUUUGUUCCAAGCAAUACGGCUUUGGAAACCGCAGUCAAUGAGCGUUUUUUUAAUGCCUCUGAUCCCACUUUUUGCACGACAUCGUUGGAGGGAACGGCCCUGUUACUGUACACAAAGUAUGAGACACAGUUGGGAGAGAGUGCUGCAUUCCAAUCAUUGAAAGGCGGUGCAACCGAUGCCACUGAUGCCGUUGGUGGAAGAACGGAGCAGACAUACCGAGAGAAGAUGUUAUACGAUUUACAUCAAAGGCGUGAUUUUGACUGUGGAGACCUUCUUCUUGUGGAGUCAUCCCCAAGAGGUGUGCUGCCACAUGAGGCAGUGAAGGCGGACGACGAGGAGACCAAAGAGAAUGAUUCAGUAGCUCACGAAAAACGUGAUGAACAUGAAAUUGACGGGGAUUUGGAGGAACAACGUGUACAGCAUAUAAUUACAGCAGCGACAGGACGGGCAAUAGAAUGGGAAAGUUCUGUUAUUCAUGUUUCUUUGUUUGUGGACGUCUUUGGGACGAUUAUUGUCCGUCUGUUGCCUAAUUUUGCCCCGAAGGCUGUGGUAAAUUUUGUUGGUUUGGCGCAAGAAGGCUUUUACAACGGAUUGACGUUUCAUCGUGUGGUGCCGGGUUUCAUGAUUCAAGGCGGGUGUCCAGUUGGGGACGGGAGUGGGGGGAAGAGUGUUUUUGGCGAAAGAUUUGAAGACGAGGGGAUGAACGCCAUGGAUUUCUUUUCGUACCCAAGUGUGUACUGGCUGUGCAUGGCGAAUUGCGGCCCCAACACGAACGAGUCGCAGUUCUUCAUCACCGUAGGCGAGGUGGCGCCGUGGUUGAAUGGCAAGCACACCGUUUUUGGAUUUGUCGUCUCAGGAAAGCCUGUGGUACGUGCGAUAGUACAGACAGCGAGGGACGAUGAUGACAAGCCAAUUGCCCCUGUGGUGAUUCGACGUGUGGUCGCCACAGAAAGAACGACGGAAAAGUAG